AUGAUUAUGCCAGCUAGAGUAUCUCCAAACGAAUGUACAGUGCCUUUAGAUAACGGAAUGUCCUAUUCCAAUUCUGAGCAACAAGCUACCGUGAACGAAGUUUCAAACUUGACUGGUUCGCCUCCCGAGGCAAAAAAUGUGAACGAACAUCUGUUUAAGGCAAUCAGUGACAUCUUCAGGCCUAUACUCAAGCUGAUGAAAUUGUUUGGAAUAUACUACGGGGAUAACACUCUGAAAUCUUUGACAGAUGAUUCUGGUCGUUUGUCGAGGAGAGCGUAUGUUUCACUCAUGUAUUGUGGUCUGGUAGCUACUGGCCUUUGGUUCAAUUUCUUUUUGGCUUUUCUCAGUUGCUUUUUUGUCCCUGAGAGGAUCUAUGUUUCUUUAAUGUUCUGCUUAUGGUGUCUUAUGGGAGCACUGAAUGCAACAAUUACCCUGAUUGUGUCACCAGUAACAAGAACAAGAAAAUCACGUUUUCAGCACUUCGUUCGUGGUUUAAUCGACAAUAAGAGUCAUGCUACGUUGGAAAAGGUAACAGUCAAAUCAAGAAAUGGCAUAAUUGCGUUUUUCCUUGUAUUUGCUAGUGCUACUGUGGGAUCUUUGAUGACAAAGCUAAAGCUUGAUAUGAAUCUUGCCAACUUUAAGCCUUUAAGUGAGUCACCUGUCUUUGCCAUAGUUUCCGUCAUCUUUCUGAUAAUAGCUGUUGGUUCGUGGUUGCUUCCAGUACUCCUUUUCUGUAUUACGUGUCUCAUACUGGCGGAACUGUUUGAUGAUUUGAGUAAGCGGAUGAAACAGCAGUCAUUGCACUCAACAACAGUGCAACUAGCUUCUUUUAAGGUGGAGCAUCACCAACUGUGCGAGGUUGUGGAACUGGCCGCUGCCAUGUUUUCUCCUCUACUUCUCGGAAUGGUGUCUCUAUACAUUCCUUUGAUUUGCUUCAAUUUGUACCUCGCUGUUCAUUCACCUGGGAAAACUGAGGAAACGAAAUAUUUGUUCAUGGGAAAUAACUUUUUCUGGCUCAUUGCGUCAGUUUGUGUUUUAACAAUUAUCAUGCUGUUUGGAUCCAAAGUGAGCGAAGGGAUUCACAGUUUUCAAAAGAUUUUGCGAACAGUUCCUGUUUCAAAAGAAGACGAAGGAAAGUUGGUGAUGUUUAUGCUUGAUCUUCAGGGAGACCCACAGGGUUUUUCAAUUGGUGGUCUUGUGGUCAUCACCAAGUCCUUGUCUUUGACGAUCGCCGGAGUGAUUAUUUCUUACUUCGCUGUUAUGUUGUCUCUGCCGAAUUAACAGCAAUCAUGGAGCUACGUCAGUAAUACCACUGGUUUAUCAGUCUGUAGACGGUUAUGCGACUUAAGUUACUGUUUUUUAGAGAUAGAUUGAUAUCCUCAGCUGUAGCUUAUUAUGUUAGGUAGUGUGUAGAUGACUUAUAGAACGAGACAGUACUCGGAAAAUCAACGACACAUUAUUCGUCCUUGUCGAAGCUCUAAGGCUGAAACUGAGGGACAGCGCCCUAGAUUGGACCAGUUGGAUAAACAAAAAAUCAGCAGCACUGUCAAAAAUUUUGAGCCAUAAUUUCCUAAACUGGGCAGAAAAAAAAGUAAAGAAAGAAAGAAAGAUGAAAAAUGGAAUUACCUGGUUUUAUAUUUAGUGGUUUAAAGAUGUACGCCAUAGACUAUAUAGGCGCAUAUUUUAAUGGUUAAUUGCCUGAAGGUAUAGAUAGGAUAGAGCAACCAGCAAGUGCUCAAUAUAGACGGAGCGGAAAGGAGAGAGUCCAGAUUGUAAAUUUGUGUAAUUCGAAUUGAAAGGAAGAAAGUCGUAACCGAAACUUUUAUUCUAGUGGUCAUAUUACUCGUUUAAAAUAUUUCCAAGUAUGAUUAGCUUUCCCGUUGUAAGCGUAGUCUUUCUACUGAAAGGAGCAGUUAUUCAGCUCUUCAAGGAUUAGAGUAUCUCGUAAAACAGUUUUUGGUACAGAAAGGCUUUUUUUGACAUGAGUUUAAGAUAUUAACUUUUCCUUUUAUCCAAAUUUUUUGAGGUGGCCAGUUUGUAUUUAAUGUAAAUGCAAGAAGGGUUUGCAAGUAUGCAUAUCUGAUAUCGAGAGUUAUGCAAAUAAAUGCUGGUUCAAUUGACAUGCGCCUUUUCCUAAUGCAAAAAAUGUUGCUUCAACUUGACAAAAGUGCAGAUAAGUUCAGAACUCUUUUGUCCAAUAAAGCCAGUCAUUCGACUGAUAUUGCUAAAGAAGAGACUGUUCCUUUAACGAUAACCAGUAAGAUCGACUUAAGCUAGAUUAAUAAUUCUAACAUUAAUAUAGCAUGGAAUGAUGUUUAUGCAACCUGUCUAAGAACACAAAACUUCCUGUUUGGACAUUUUAAAGAAAUCGAUAAAUCUAAUGCGAAAAAGGCUAAAUUAUUGAAAGGAAUUUUGAACAAAGUAAUAAGUAAGUUAGUGGCGUUUAGGAAAAGGAAAACCUAAUUUGUGAGGGAAGUAUGUACAAUAACAUACAAGCAAAGGAAAUAAAAGCGGACAGCGUAUUGACAUUUAAUUAAAACUUAAGUAAAUAGUUGUGUUUUUUUCCCAGAGGAAUAAAGUGUAUUGGGUAUUAAGGGAAAUA